AAUUUUUUUUAAAAGUUGGUAACUCACGUCUUUUUAUUCCGAGCAGAGCUAUAAAAUGGAUUUAGAACUCCAGGAGUUUUAUAACAAAACCCUUGCCACCGAGAACAAUACUGCUGCCACUCGGAAUUCUGAUUUCCCGGUCUGGGAUGACUAUAAGAGCAGUGUGGAUGACUUACAGUAUUUUCUGAUUGGACUUUAUACAUUUGUAAGCCUUCUUGGUUUUAUGGGCAAUCUACUUAUUUUAACGGCUCUCACGAGAAAACGUAAUCAGAAGACUAUGGUCAACUUCCUCAUAGGAAAUUUGGCUUUCUCUGAUAUUUUAGUUGUGCUGUUUUGCUCCCCUUUCACACUGACCUCUGUCCUGCUGGAUCAGUGGAUGUUUGGCAAAGUCAUGUGUCAUAUUAUGCCUUUUCUUCAAUGUGUGUCCGUUCUGGUUUCAACUUUAAUUCUAAUAUCAAUUGCCAUCGUCAGGUAUCAUAUGAUAAAACAUCCUAUAUCUAAUAAUUUAACAGCAAACCAUGGCUACUUCCUGAUUGCUACCGUCUGGACACUAGGUUUUGCGAUUUGCUCUCCCCUUCCGGUGUUUCACAGUCUGGUGGAACUUCAGGAAACGUUUGGCUCAGCAUUGCUGAGCAGCAGGUAUUUAUGUGUUGAGUCGUGGCCAUCUGAUUCGUACAGAAUUGCUUUUACUAUCUCUUUAUUGCUAGUUCAGUAUAUUCUGCCCUUGGUGUGCCUCACUGUAAGUCAUACCAGUGUCUGCAGGAGUAUAAGCUGUGGGUUGUCCAACAAAGAAAACAAACUAGAAGAAAAUGAGAUGAUCAACUUAACUCUUCAUCCAUUCAGAAAGAGUGGGCCUCAGGUGAAACUGUCCAGCAGCCAUAAGUGGGGCUAUUCAUUCAUCAGAAAACACAGAAGAAGAUACAGCAAGAAGACAGCAAGUGUGUUACCUGCUCCAGCAAGACCGCCUCAAGAGAACCUUUCAAGAAUGCUUCCAGAAAACCUGGGUUCCGUAAAAAGUCAGCUCUCGUCAUCCAGUAAGUUCAUACCAAGGGUCCCCACCUGCUUUGAGAUGAAACCUGAAGAAAACUCAGAUGUUCAUGAAAUGAGAGUAAACCGUUCUAUCAUGAGACUCAAGAAGAGAUCCCGAAGUGUUUUCUAUAGACUGACCAUAUUGAUAUUAGUGUUUGCCGUUAGCUGGAUGCCCCUACACCUUUUCCAUGUGGUAACUGAUUUUAAUGAUAACCUUAUUUCAAACAGGCAUUUCAAGUUGGUGUAUUGCAUUUGUCAUUUGUUAGGCAUGCUGUCCUGUUGCCUUAAUCCUAUUCUGUAUGGUUUUCUUAAUAAUGGGAUCAAAGCUGAUUUAAUUUCCCUUAUACAGUGUCUUCAUAUGUCAUAAUUCUGAAUGUUUACCAAGGACAAAACAAAUGUUGGGAUCGUCUAAAACAUAUUAACAACUCCGUAUGUACAAAAACAAAUUUUAGUAACAUGAAAUUUAAUUUAUGUAUCAGAGUUCUGGAUUUGAAUGUCAGUUCAUAAUAUGUGGAAGAAAACUUACAUGUGUUAUAUAUAAUAUGAUGAAUUCAUUUAGUUGUAUAAAGUCAGUGUCAAUGCAAUCUAUAAUUUCACUUUAAGGAGUAGUUAUAUUAACUUUCACUUCAUCUUGUCUUGUAAACAAACAAAUUGCAAUUUUUGUUUAAAAUAAAAGUUGUAUCUAA